UCAAAAUACAUAUUGCGCCAAAUAUUUGUUUCAAUUUUAGAUUAGAUAUUCUCUAAAUAUACAAAUUAUUUGGCCUAAUGCCAUCGGUUUGAUGUAUUCUUUGACAUGAAGGUGCGUAGACACAUGCUGCAAGCAAUUUAGCAUUGACAGUGGCUAGGGUUAUACGGUUUUGCCAACUUUGCUCUAUUGUUUACUUCUCUUAUGCAGAUAUAAAAUACGUAUGUAUACAAAGAAUGCCAACAUGUCGGACAAUAUAUGCUUAGAGGAACGUAUUAUAAAGGAUUGGCGGAAGUGGCUAGCAGUAGGUAACUCAUUCGAAUUGGAAAAGAAACGUAGUCUUAUGUGGAUCUGGCCAACUGAGAGUGAGUUACAAAAGUUCGGAUCAUUACUCGAGACACACAAAGUAAAGCAUAUACUUAGUAUUGGAUGUGGCAAUGGAUUAUUUGAGAGGAUAAUACAAGAAUGUUUGGGUACACGAGUUAGUGGUAUUAAAGUGGAUCGAGCAUGGUGGGAGAGUAAAUAUGCAGUUAAAAGUUUCAUUGAACUUAAUUAUUUUGACGAUUUCAAUAAAGAUGAAAUCAGUCUGGACAAAUAUCUCCAAAAGUGUUGUAAUUUAAAAAGUUGGAAUUUCGCACUGAUGUUUUGCUACUUCAACAACCGCGCUGCAUUUUACAAUUAUAUCGAAAUGUAUAAAGGAAAUAUACUCUUAAUAAUCGGACCAAAAAAUGGUGUUAGGAUAUUUACUGAACCAUUACCUCUAGAACCGCAUUUUCUUGAUACACAUCAUUGGGAGUUAAAAACUACGUUAAGCAUCGGAAAAGACGAUAUAAUAGCACUUUAUGUGAGAGCGCUUACUAGUUAAUUAUUAAACUUAUUUUAUUUUAAAUAAAAACAAAUGUAUUUAAAUAUGUA